GCGAACUAAGUUGAUAUAAGCUAUGCCACUUGCGCGGACAUUCGUGGCGAAAUGCAUUUACAGUCUGAAUGCCAGCUUCAUACCUUGUUGUUAGUUUUAGGUGAGGUGAGGUGAACGCUGGUUUAGCUAGUAGUGGAUUUUUUAAGUUAGCAAGUUAUCGAAGUUUAGGAUGGCGAGCUACGGGAACACAAUAGCUACAUCAGCUAGCUAACGUCAAAGCUACUGGGAGUCAUCCCUAUUUACACAGGCUGGUCGGUGUGGGUAUUUAAGAAUAUUACCACGUAAAGAAGUACCACUUCUUGUGUAAGAUAAGGUACUGGCACCUUCCCUGUCCUGGGUCAGAGAGAAUAAGCAGCAGUAGAAGAUGGAAAAGAUGAGUGCUCUCCACUCGUCAUCGGUGACUAUCUUAACACUCUCAGAGAGCGAUUGAAAGGAGGUGAAAGCGAUUGUCUGGCAUACAUGCAAGAGAGUGAUACAAAGACUAAAUAUCCAAGCUGUACGCCAUAUAAUUUAAUAAAGCAGAGGAAAUGGCUUUCUUGGACAAUCCUGCCAUUAUUCUGGCCCACAUCAGACAGUCUCAUGUGACCAGUGAUGACACAGGAAUGUGUGAGAUGGUACUAAUAGACCAGGAUGUGGAUCUAGAGAAGUGCCAGCUGACUCUGGUGCCCGGCAGCAGCUGUGGGUCAACAGGGUCGGGCUCCCUUAGUGAGGGGGGCAGCAGUCUCACAGACAAUCAUGCCUGUGACCUCUCCCAGUCCAUGGACAUCACCUCCAGCUGGGACUUUGGCAUCCGUCGGCGCUCUAACACAGCCCAAAGACUUGAGAGGUUAAGGAAAGAACGACAGAACCAAAUCAAGUGUAAAAACAUUCAGUGGAAAGAAAGGACAUCCUCCCAAUCAGUGGAGGAUCUGGGGUCCCUGUUUGAAAAACGGGACUUUAAAGACAGGCCGCAGAAAACAGGUACCAAGUCCACCCUUUCACUGCGACUGGAGCAGUGUCCCCAGCAGCUCAACAACCCCUUCAAUGAAUACUCCAAAUUUGAUGGCAAGGGCCACAUUGGCACAACUGCUACAAAAAAGAUAGACGUCUACCUCUCAAUGCAGAUGGCUCAGGAGAAAGUACAUCCAAUGACAGUAGUGACAAUUGCCAAUGCCCGUGUUCACGACCUCAUUGGGCUCAUUUGUUGGCAGUACACAAGUGAGGGGCGGGAACCUAAACUCAAUGAGAAUGUGAAUGCUUACUGCCUCCACAUUGCUGAGGAUGAUGGCGAGGUUGACACAGACUUUCCCCCACUGGACUCCAAUGAGCCUAUCCAUAAGUUUGGUUUCAGCACUCUGGCGCUGGUGGAGAAAUACUCUUCACCUGGUCUUGCUUCCAGACAGUCGCUGUUUGUCAGAAUAAACGCUGCUCAUGGUUUCUCUCUAAUCCCAGUGGACAGUUUGAAGGUAACUAUGAAGGAAAUUCUCCAGAAAGCGCUCAAGAAGAGGAAAGGCUCACAGAAAGGCUCAGGGCCCAUGUAUCGUCUGGAGAAGCAGACAGAGCCCAACGUUGCAGUAGACCUGGACUCAACACUGGAGACACAGAGCACCCUGGAGUUUUGCCUAGUCAGAGAAAACAGCUCCAGGGGCGAGGAGAGCUCAGAGGAAGACCCUCCAAUUGACAUCACAACAGUCCAAGACAUGUUGAGCAGUCACCACUAUAAAUCCUUCAAGAUCAGUAUGAUCCACAAGCUGCGCUUCACCACCGAUGUCCAGCUAGGCAUUUCAGGAGAGAAAGUGGAAAUUGAUCCUGUCACCAGUCAGAAGGCCAGUACAAAGUUUUGGAUUCGACAGAAACCCAUCUCUAUCGACUCGGACCACCUCUGUGCCUGUGACCUUGUAGAGGAGAGAAGCCCCAGUCAUGCUAUAUUUAAGCUCACGUAUCUAAGCAACCAUGACUACAAGCCCCUCUACUUUGAGUCUGAUGCUGCUACUGUCAAUGAAAUAGUGCUUAAGGUCAACUACAUCCUAGAGUCCCGGGCCAGUACCUCUCGGGCUGAUUAUUUUGCCCAGAAGCAGCGGAAACUGAGCCGCCGGACCAGCUUCAGUUUCCAGAAGGAGAAAAAGACUGGUCAGUAGACAGACUGAAGCUGCUUUGCCACCUGUCUGUCUGCACAGACAGAUGCAUUAACGAGGCCUGACAGUCCCAUACAUACAGGCUAAAGGCUGAACAGAAGUGGAGGAAAAGAGUGACAAGCAGGAAAUGGACCAGGAAGACCAGGAAAGGCUCCUUAUUGUUUUUCUAUAAAAAGGCAAAGACUCGCUAUGGGACAGAGUUUUGGCUGACAAGUCAUCGUCAGUUCUUGUUCGUUCACUGCCUCUGAAUCUAAGCUCCAUCCUUCAGGAUGGAUUUUUACAGCUUCAAACAGUUGGUUAUGUAUAGCCAACAAACAAAUCAAAGCUACAUGCUAAAUAUUUGCUUCUGUUCUCUGUCUUUAUGAAAUUUAACACAACAAAAUGAAAAGAAAAGUUUCACAUUUUUAAUGUACUGUACAUAAACAUUUUACAUUCAGGAGAUGAAAUUAUUAUAAUAUAGAAAUAAAAUAGCUCAGUUUGGAUUUUUGUAACAUACUCCUCUGCCUUGAAUCCAGAUAGCAACUCCUUAACAUCAUCUACACUCAGCUGGCAGUUCAUUAGCUGCAUCUAGUUAAAACUAAGCAAGUCUAAUACAAGAGAGUUGAAGGUUAAUUUAUUUGUCGUAUUACAACACUGGUUUGUACAAUGAAAUUAAAUUGUAGUCCCUUUAUGCCACACAGGGAUAUCUAUUUUACAUGGAGUGUUGAUGAAUAGGGAAGUCUCUAAGUCUGAGGGAAGACGCUGCUCUGUAGUCCAGUGAUAUGGCAGCGAUACUUCUGUAUCUAUUGUCAGAUGGCAGCAGGGUGAACACACUGGCUGGGUGGGUGUUGUCUUUUAGUGUUCUUGGUCUCUGUGCAGACAUCUCACUUCACAUUCUUACAAUAAAUGACCAGUUUUUGUUGAAACCA